UCGACGAAAACUGAUCAACGUGUAGUGGUGACGCCUAUAUUAUGUGAUGUACAUUAUAGUGGUAGUAGUGGUGGAACAACAGUACCUAUAUAAAAAAAAAACCAAUUUAUUUAUCCUCCUCCUCCGGGAAACAAGUCUGGGUUAUUAUAAUAAUAUAGCGUAUAUUGUGACGACUCAGCAGAUCCAACACACACACAUACACACAAACACACUCAACGGACGGUUAUAUUUUUCAACCGGUUCGGUUAGGUUAGUUCGACCGGCCGUUCAUUCAGUCGGUGUCACUACAGCCACGCGCUCGUCGAACUGCAUCACGACCGUAGAUAUAUUUUAUUAUAACAAUAAUAUAAUAUUAUCUUCGUGAAUCGUAUUUCGUUGACUCAACCAAUAUUGCCGCUCUUUCGCGUCUACGUUUGUCUUCUCUCUUGCGAAUAAUUUUAUAAUAUCAGGACGAAAUAUGACGCAGUCUUCGUUGAAGCAAGUGAUCAACUUCGGGGCUGGACCGGCAAAGAUCCCCAAACAGGUUCUGGAACAGGUCAGAGAUGAACUCUUGGAUUGUGGUUGCGGCAUCAGCGUUAUGGAACUCAGUCACCGGUCAUCUGAGUACACGGCCAUCAACAACCGAGCUAUUGAGUUGUACAGAGAACUACUGUAAAUAUAAACACGAUGUUAUUAAUUAUUACU